ACCACCGCCGAUCCCCAUCCCGCGAGCAGCGUUGCGGCGCGGCGCCGCCGUCCUGCUGCCUCCGCCACACCGUAUUCCGCCGCCGUACUUAAAAAAAAUAAUUCUUGGGGUUCAGCUGAACCCUGCCCCAUGCCCUAUGUUAGAUCCGCCCCUGAGAGGGACAGUGGCUCCGGUGGUGAUGGCACCCCCGGCACUCCAAGCCCCACCCAUGGUGCCCGUGUGAGGCUCCGGAAACGCUCCAGCGAUGUUCCUUCUGAUGUGAACAAAACCAAUGGCUCUAAUUUGCUGCUAAAUGACCAGAACAAGUACAAGUCGAUGCUCAUUCGCACGUAUUCCUCUCUCUGGAUGAUGGCAGGAUUUGUGUUCUUGAUUUACAUGGGUCACCUGUACAUAUGGGCUAUGGUUGUCAUUAUCCAAAUCUUCAUGGCGAGCGAACUCUUUAAUCUGCUCAGGAAGGCCAAUGAGGACAGGCAGCUCCCAGGGUUUAGACUACUGAACUGGCAUUUUUUCUUCACUGCGAUGCUUUUUGCAUAUGGCCGUUUUCUUAGUCGGCAACUUGUCAACACGGUGACUUCAGACAAGUUGUUGUACAAGCUUGUGAGUGGGCUGAUCAAGUACCAAAUGUUUAUUUGCUACUUUCUUUAUAUAGCAGGUUUUGUCUGGUUUAUUCUCACUCUAAAGAAAAAGGCAUACAAGUACCAAUUCAGUCAAUAUGCAUGGACCCACAUGAUCCUACUGAUGGUAUUUGCACAGUCAUCUUUCACAGUGGCCAAUAUAUAUGAAGGGAUAUUUUGGUUCCUCCUACCAGCUUCCUUGAUUGCUAUCAACGAUGUGGCUGCAUAUUUCUUUGGCUUCUUCUUUGGGAAAACACCCUUAAUUAAGCUCUCCCCAAAGAAAACAUGGGAGGGCUUUCUAGGUGCAUCUGUGACUACCAUGCUUUCUGCAUUUGUGCUUGCUAAUUUCAUGGGCCAUUUCCAGUGGUUAACAUGCCCCAGAAAGGAUUUGUCUACUGGAUGGCUUCAUUGUGAUCCUGGCCCUAUGUUUACACCAGAAAGUUACCAUUUACCAGGAUGGAUACCACGAUGGAUCCCUUCACGAGAAGUGGCAAUUAUGCCUAUUCAGUGGCAUGCCCUAGCUCUUGGCUUGUUUGCUUCAAUAAUAGCACCAUUUGGAGGGUUUUUUGCUAGUGGAUUUAAAAGGGCUUUCAAAUUCAAGGACUUUGGUGACAGCAUACCUGGCCAUGGUGGAUUUACUGAUAGGAUGGAUUGUCAAAUGGUUAUGGCUGUAUUUGCCUAUAUCUAUUACCAAUCAUUUCUUAUGGUACAGGACUUGUCUGUUGAGACAAUCCUAGAGCAGAUACUAAGGAAUCUCACAUUCGAGGAGCAGCAUGAUCUAUAUGAGCAGCUAGGCCAGUUACUGACGAGAGGAAACUGAUCCUAACGUAGAGACAUCAUGCACAAAAUCCACAGGAUAAUGUGCACUGUCGUUUUCUUUUUAUACUUUUAGAAGAUCAUCAUGUACAUCCUUAACACCUCAAAAGAGAAGAAUUGUAACGCUGACGGAUGCUUUUUUUUUUUCGGAUCGUUAUAGGCGGUAUGAGUAUGCAGGAGUAUGUUCUUGCCUUCUCUGUUCUUGCCUUCUCUUUUCUUUCCCAGUCGUCACGUUUGUUUGCAUGAGAAGGCGAAUGAAGGCUUAGUUGCAACCA